AUGGCUGGACCCUCAAAGCUUCCUGAUGAAGAUGAUAAGGAGCGUAUUGAGGUACCCCACCCUACUGCAGGCAAGGUAAUUAGGAUGGAUAAAACGGUAUAUGAGAGAUGGAAAAGAGAAUUUGGAGCUGAGAAUAUGGAUGGUGAUAUGGAUAUGGACUCAGAUAAGUCAGAUGGAUCAGGGAACAUUUUUGCACCCUUUGCAUCAGAGCUGGACUGGAGGGUUGCUUGCUGGGCUGUACAGGAUGGAAUAGGCCAUAAAUUAUUUGAUAGAUUAAUGGCAAUACCAGGGGUGGCGGAUAAAUAA